AUGAAAACAGUGUCAAGCAACAAAAAAUCUCUAGGCGCAAAACGUUUAGAGAGAUUUUCUUCCUUUGCUGCCUUGCAACGAGGUAUCGCAACACUCAUAUCUUGGGUCAAGAGGUAUAAGACGCGUCAAAAUUCUUCAUCGUCACGCAAUCAUCGUCCAACCUUGGAGGAGCUCAACGCAGCUACGAACCUAAUAAUCAGGGAGGUGCAAUUGGACGCAAACCUUAACACCAAUACUGACAACACACAAGAUACCGACAAGAUGCAGAAGACCGACAUUGAUGGUCUUAACCCCUUCAUAGAUGUUGACAGAAUACUGCGUGUCGGAGGACGCCUACGGAGAUCCUCACUCAACACUCAGGAGAAGCACCCAGYCAUACUACCGAAGGACAAACAUCUAUCCACCCUCAUCGUGGAACAUUUUCAUAAGAAAGUCCAUCACCAAGGGCGGCAAAUCACCCAUGCGGCCGUACGACAAGGAGGCUACUGGGUAAUUGGAGGACACCGGCUCGUUUCGAAGGUACUGCAUAACUGCAUCGUGUGUAGGAGGGCAAGAGGCACCAACCUUUGUCAACGUAUGGCGUAUCUACCACCAGACAGACUGGAAGGUGUACCAUCGUUCACUAACGUGGGGGUCGACGUCUUCGGCCCCUGGAGCGUUGUCACUAGGAAAACGAGAGGUGGAGCCGCGAAUUCCAAGCGCUGGGGCCUCCUACUCACAUGUCUAAACAGCAGAGCCAUCCACAUCGAAGUGUUAGAGACCAUGGAUGCCAGCUCGUUCAUCUGCGCCCUGAGGCGGUUCUUCUCCCUGCGCGGUCCCGCAACCGUACUUAGAUGUGAUCGYGGCACCAAUUUCAUUGGAGGGCAAUCGGAACUACAGUCMUCUGACGAGAAGAAAAUAGAGGAGUUCGUAACUCAACAGGGGUGUGAGUGGAAAUUUAACCCCCCUCACGCCUCUCACUUCGGUGGUGUCUGGGAGCGCCAAAUAGGAACUGUCCGACGAGUACUCGACGCUAUGUUCGCYGAACUCGGRUACCAACAGCUAACCCRCGAGCUGCUUACSACUCUAAUGUCUGAGGUSACGGGAAUCGUCAAUGYAAGACCCUUAGCAGCAAUACCUACAGACUCAGACGAUCCYCAACCGCUAUCACCCCAAACSAUCCUMACRAUGAAGACACGCCCACUCGGCCCUCCGUGCACAGACAUCCUACCGGCUGACCURUACGCUCGCAGGAGAUGGAGGCGYGCACAGUACCUCRCCGAUMAGUUUUGGACACKCUGGAGGCGGGAAUACCUGCAAAGUCUACAAGUGCGCAAUAAGUGGACGAAGUCAAAGAGAAACCUCAGAGAUGGCGAUAUCGUGCUUAUUAAAGACCAGAAUGCGCACCGUAACAACUGGCCGAUGGGACGAGUGUCGGAAGCAGUAAAGAGUGAAGACGGUCUCGUGAGGAAGGCGCAAAUCGUCACAUGCAAGGGAGGAAGAACAAAGACCGUAUACCGCCCUAUCAAAGAGCUUGUGCUGCUUCUUCCGGUAGAAGAACAAGACUAG